CGAGCGGUUGCACUCACACCAAUGAACGGCGUACCCGGUGCGGCACGCAUUUUGUGUUUUACCCAUAUACCGCCGUGGGCGGCGUCAAGCAGCAGCCACAGCCGCAGCAGCUGAACAACAGGAAACGAUUCGGCGUGCGGAUGUGUUCAGGUGGAAUCGCCUAGAGACCACCCACCCGCACCACGCGCAACAAGCACCGUCUAGCGAGGCGGAGGCUGCGCCCACCCGCCGUGGCCCAACAAGAUGGCGGGUCCGGAUGGCAACAACCAGUACGAGAGCUACCAAACUGAACGUGAAACCACCUUCUUAUUAAGUCGUUCACCAUCACCGUCAUCAUCGUCGACAAGAAGCCGGGACAGGGCACCGGCAUCAACGGUGACAACACCGGAGGUGGAUGUGCCGAAGCGCUACAAGUACGCGCUCGGUAUGGGGUACAUGCUCGCCUUUGGAGUGUGUGGUAUGGUACUGGGGGCGCUCGUGUUGACGCUGGACGACCUCGCCAGCAACUGCGGGAUAACAGCAAUAGACGUCAGGCCUGUUCUAAUCGCUCGCGGUGUCGGAGCGGUCCUGGGCACGGCGGUAUCCUCCAAGCUGUACCUCCGGGUACCGAGCAACAAGAUGAUGUCCGUCUUCCUUCUUCUCGUCAUGGUGGUCUUGGUAUACAUGCCGUUCAUCACCUCGGUGUACCCCCUCUACGUUGCCUUCCUUCUCCUCGGGCUGUUCACGGCCAUCACAGAUACGGGCUGCCAGAUCAUGACCAGAAAGGUACACGGGGCGGAGGCUGGGCCCUGGAUGGGAGCCAACGCGCUCGCUUUCGGCCUCUCAGGUGUGAUCGUGCCGCUCAUAGGCUACCUGGCCGGGUCGCCGUUCGUCGUGUACGUCACCCUGUCGGUGGUGAGCUGCGUGACGGCGGUGUUCUUGACCAUCCUGCCGACCCCUGUGAGAAACAAGGGGCUCCACGAGGGGGAGCGGCAGUCGAUACCGGCGCAACGAGUGGGGGGUGGGGGCGCUUCACGGGAGGAAAGCCAGGCCAGCGCCUGCAAGCUGACCACGUUCUUCUUGAAGUACAAAAUCGAGUUCCACAUCAGCGGCAUGUUGUUCUGGCUUUUCUCUGGAGAGGUGGGUGCCGCCGGGUACCUGAAGAGGUACGUUGACGAGACCGAGGUCAUCGGUGAAUCGCACGCGAAGGUUCUUGUUGUUGUCCUGUGGAUGGCCAUCAUCAUCGGCCGUCUCGCGGGCAUACAGGACCAGCGACAUCUCACCCUCUCGCGCCUGUACCGACACUCUACCAUCCUCUUCCUCGGCGGGACGACUGCGGCGACGGCUAUCCUAGUAUUCCAGAACUCGGCGUUCAUGCUCUGGACGGGGAUUGCGGCAUACGGGCUCUGCGACGGGCCAACUGUAGGUUACUGCUACGAUCUCAACAACCGCAUGGCGACUCCCUCCGAGAUGGGGACGUCGGUGGCCAUGUUAGGGCAAAACUUCGGGGCGAGCAUCGCGCCGUACGUGAUUUCGUGGGUGUGGGACUACACCGACUGGCCGCAGAUUCUGAUCGUCGUCAUAUUGCUGUCUCAUUUACUCCCGUACCCAUUCAUGUUCAAUGCCAAGCGCGUGGACGAGGCCAACAAGCGAAGGCGGCAGGAGGAGGCCAUUUCUUCGGGUCCCUCCGAGACUCGUUUAGCCCCAUCUUUCUUCCUGUGAUGCGGCCGGUCUCGCCAGUGGUGCGAGGCGCAACGUCAACUGAUUAAUCUACCAAGACGGAGAGAAGGCAUGAAUCGAAUCGUGUUUUCCCGUGAAUUCAGUGGACCGAUGGUCGCAAACAAGGCGUGCUGUCUCGAGAGCAACAAAUGUGUUUUUCGGGGUUGUGAUGGGGGAACUUUUAAAAGGUAGAGAGCAAGAAGAGUUGAAACAAGCGUCCUUUCGCCCGUGAAAGAACAGUUUUUUUUCUCGAGCAAUAUUUCCAUGUUGUGCUGGAUGUUUUUGGCCGUUUCCAUUUUUCCUUUUGAUAAUUGUUGUUUUUGCAGAGCGUCCCGGUAGGAGUGCUUUUGUUUUGCACAAAAAAGCUGUUUAGAGGGAGCGUGAUGUACAUCUGUUUGCGCAAAAAAAAUGGGAAAUUGACUGAGGUGGGGGGUGUACUCAUACGUAUAGUCGUGCAUGCCGUAGUCGG